AUGCAUGACUCUUGGAAAAAACAACAUACAGCCGAGCAUGAAAAACUCAGUGGGAUCUCCUUUUAUCCGAGAAAAGAAUCCCAAUUGCAUAAUCAUGAUAUUUUUUCAAAUGGAAAGGACCGGUCCUCCUGCAUCGUAUCAGUUGAAAAAAUAUCUCACGCUCGGUCAAGAAGCCCCGGCCCAGAGUCAAGAGAUUAUAGGCUCUCAAUGUCAUCCAUUAAAUCAAGAACGUUUUUUAUGAAAGCAGAAUCACAACCAGGAAAACAAGAUGACUUGAUAAGCCCUCAUCCGUUACCCCGACCUCCUGGCUCUCCUACAUCAUCUUCACAUUCUGUUCAAUCAAAGUGGAAGAAAGGAAAGCUUAUUGGGCGGGGAACCUUUGGGCACGUCUUUCUUGGGUUCAAUAGGUAUUGUCUAGUUCUCACUUUUUUCUUUAUACAAAAAAACUGUAGAAACAUGUAAAAUAUAUAAAGACGCCUCGUGCACAUUAAAUUUUGUUUCGAUACAUAUAUUGAUCUGAUUCCAGAGUGGCUGUGAGAUAUCGACGUAUUUGAAUGAGUCAUAAGCUGAUACUGUCUUGACUCUUACAAGUUCAUGAGCUAAUUCUUUUGGCUAUUCCUAUGCGGCAGUGAAUGUGGACAGAUGUGUGCCAUAAAGGAGGUCAAAGUCAUAUCCGAUGAUUUGAAUUCAAAAGAAUGUCUGAAGCAAUUGUCCCAGGUCUGUCUGCAUCUGUAUGAUUUUGACAACCAAAUUGAGCUCAGAUUUCAUGAUUCCUUGAUUUCAAGAAAACGUUGAGUAUAUGUUGUUCCCAUUUCAAAUUAUUUACUAAAUAAGAUAUAUUCACAUAAAAUUAUAUAUUUUUACAGGAAAUAGCAUUGCUCAGUCAGCUCUCACAUCCAAACAUUGUGGAAUAUCUUGGAAGUGAACUGGUAAAAUUUCUGAGCGUUCUCUCUGCAGGAAUUCGAACAGUUACCUUUGUGACGUCCCAUAAAAAUAUACUGUAUUCUUGAAACCAUGAAAUGACUGAAGAAUCGCUUUUAGUGUUCUCAGCUUCAAUCAUGAGCGCAUAUUGCAGAAUUAUGCUGUUAUUUUAUUCGUACAUGCAGUUUUUUAAUUUAAAAAAUCCUUCCCAAUAUUAAUCAGUGAAAACUUGUACCAUAACCAGUGUUCCCCACUCCUUAGGCUUCAUUUCGUGUAUCUCAGCAAGAACUAUAUUCCUUUGGGCCUAAAUAACACAAGGUUGGAAACUUUAGAGUCUGCAGAGUUCUUUAACAAAUCAACAGUUUGCACUUCAACUUAGUUAUAGCUGAUUAUUUAAAAAUUUCAUGACAAAUUUCUCGGAAGUAAGGGACAAGUUUUUUCGCAAUGAUCCGAAUGUUAACGAGCCACAGGUUGAUGUGAAACAUUCACUGAUCCUUUGAACAGGUUGAAGACUCGAUUGCCGUCUAUCUUGAAUAUGUCUCCGGAGGCUCCAUUCAUAAAUUACUUCAGGAAUACGGCCCUUUCAGGGAACCAGUUAUUCGAAACUACACAGCACAGAUUCUUUCAGGGUUGGCUUACUUACAUGGAAGAAGUAGAGUCCACAGGUAUCACUUCUUGCACCUAUUUAUAAAAUGUCAUUUUAAAUGAUCUUGUCUAGCAAACCAAUAUCUUGAGGUUAACCGAUUUGAUCUGGCAGGGAUAUUAAGGGCGCGAAUAUACUCGUGGGUCCUAAAGGGGAAGUCAAACUGGCUGAUUUUGGCAUGGCUAAACAUGUAAUUCUCUUAAUCCCUUUUCGGAAAGAAUGAUGGCAUUUUAGGUCAAUAUAAUUUUAAAAAAAUAUAACCUAAAAAAUAAUAUUCCGUGUUCUUAUUUUUCUUAAGUGAUAUGGCGCUUAAUGGCAUCAAUUUAAGAUGACUUUAGAAAGGAGUUUUCUUGGUUUCUUCAUUUAGUGGAUGUAUAGUUACUCAUGACGCACCCAUUUUUGGGCUAGGAGAAACUAUAUAGGCUAAAACCUCAUGUUUGUUGGUCUAGCCAACCUGAAUCUUUUACUAUGACUAAUUGUCACUUCCUUAGUUUUUUGAGAUCGACUAUCAUAACGAUGUUCCAUUGCAACUAUUAAAUGAAUCAUUAGUCCCAUAUCUUAGGCUACACACGUCACAUUCUCUCAAGUAUAAACUCCGCGUAUGUAAAAGUUGAGGUAGCCUGGCAGCUGCGCAUGUUCAUAAUACGAUACCAGUGGUUCUCAUUGUUCGCCAAACAGCUUUCUUUCACUUUUAUUUCAAAUAUUGAGUUACUUUAGUCGAUAUACUAUGAAACAUAACGUUCGUGAGCUUACCCAAAGUCACCACCAACUGCCGUAGUAAGUGAGAACACUUCUCGUGUAUGAACUUGGCAUGAAAGACAAUCGAGUUGCCUGACACAAAAUCAGGAGGCAGAUCCUGUUUGCCAGAUUGUGCUCAUUUCUUUCAUUCUAUCCGGAGCCUGUCUGCACUUACUGAAUGAUGACCGGUGGUUAAAUCAAUUAAAACUGUUCUGAAACAAAAGGAUAACUUGGUCUCGCAACGUUCUUGCGUGUAUGCUCAUUUUGGCCUCAGAUUCCAGCUAGUCAGUUAGGAUAGAGAUGCGGAAGAUCAUGUGUUCUCGUCUUUUGAAAAGUCUCAUAACGAGGCGUUCAUACUCUCAGAAUUUUCUGUGAUACCUGAUCUCUCUGAUUCUCUUAUCUCUGAACCAGAUAUCCGCACAUAAUUCGAUGCGUUCCUUUAAAGGAAGCCCCUACUGGAUGGCUCCUGAGGUAUACAAUUCUGUCCGAAAAACGAGAAAAUAAAAAAAAUAUAUGUACCUAUUUUUUUCUCCCCUCCAUGUUCUUACGUAUAUAUGGAUGGCUUGAAUCUUAUGAUAUAUAUUUUCCCAGGUUAUCAUGAACACCAACGGAUACAGCCUCUCAGUGGAUAUCUGGAGUCUCGGGUGCACAGUCCUUGAGAUGGCAACGUCAAAACCGCCCUGGUACCAGUAUGAGGGGGUAUGGCGUUUAUUUUUAUUGACAUAUUAAAUUAAAUAUUGUCACUUUGACUAGAUUAAUUUCCCUGAUUCAGAAUAAUAUAAAGUAAAGUUGCUAUGAUAUUGCAAUUAACAGGUGGCGGCAAUAUUUAAAAUUGGAAACAGCAAGGAUAUUCCAGAAUUUCCAAGCCAUUUUUCUGAAGAAGGAAAAGAUUUCCUGAAGCUCUGUUUCCAGCGUGACCCAUCUGCCCGCCCUGCAGCAUCACAGUUGCUGGAACACGCUUUUGUUCGAGAUCAGGCGGCAGCGAAAGUCGCAAGGUUUAACACACCCAGGGAUCACUUUCCCUCUCUCGUUGAUGGAUCUCACGCUGUGGUACAUUCUUGA